ACCAGAAAAAGUUGGACGAAAUCAUGGCGUUAGUGUGGGUAGAUUAAAACCAUUCACACCAAUAUAUUUGUAGCUGAUGAAACAGACGGUGAUGCUCUUAGAAUUAAAUUUCUUUCUCAGCUUUAAGGGAGCAUCUCGAACUGAAACGGUGGGCAAUGAAUUUCCUUCCAGCUAAUCAAAACUGGUUGGGCAGUUAAGAUUUUGCUCCUAAAAAUAAGAUUUCUUUAGACAGUCUUCCAAGAAAGAUUUCUUCCUAUACAGCUUUACAUUUUGAUAGAGCUAUUGAAACAGCAUUUCUCAAUUACCCAUGUUAAUAUCUUGCUGGUCAAGAGGAGUGCCCUAUUUCUCUGCCUGCAAUAUCUGAACUACUAUACUAAGUUUGGUGUCACCAAAAGGUAAGUUUAUUGUCUUGUUAAUCUAUACAUGUUCAUUACCUUCAAUUGUGGAGAGAGAAAAAAUAGUUUCAUUGACCUUAUAGAACCCAUAUGAUCUAUAGAGAUAUGUGGGCUCUGAUUGUUGGGCAGUAAUCUAUUUCUUCCAUUUCUGAUCCCAUGAAAAUGAGAGGAUCAUAAUUCAAUGUAACUUAUUUUAUGUUGCAGAAAGGUGUGUUGUGAUCAUUCUCAGUAACUGGUGUACUAUGAUGGCAACGAUGAGGACGAAUUGAGAAUCCAAAAUGAGAAACACACAUGGCGAUGUGGGCAAUGCUGUGGAAAUAGAUGCGAGAGUCACAGUCAGUGCAAUUUAUGAUCCAAGCAUUGGUUUGAAUUUUUAUGCUAUGUAGGAGAAAUGGUAUGUAAUUUUAUAAUGUUUUUCUUUCUCCCGGGAAGAAUUCACAUACGCCCCUUGAGUGCUCGUGGGGAGAAGAUGAUGGGAUAUGAAAGCCGCCUCACAGCAGUAGCAGUCAAAUUGUCAGGGAUAGCAGCACCAGUUGAGGAAAAAAAAAUGUUGAAGCACCACAAGCAUGGAGGAGCACCAACAGGCAUUUUCUCAAGCUUUUGGAAACCAACGUUCCUAAUUUUAUUUGCCCUUGGAAUGCUCCUGCUCCCCUUGUGCAUUUUUAACUCUUUCUUGAUCUUUCAUCUCAGCCUCUUUGUCCCCAGGUCAGAUUUAAUUUCCAACUCAUCUUCAGUCAAUGGCAGCAUCCGUAACAGCUCGGGGUUGAUCAAUCAGAACUCCUCAAAAUUUGUGCUCAGAAGGAAGCAGAAGCAGCCCAUCAUGGAGGCUAUCAGGGAAGAGAAUCCUUAUAACUUUACUCUGUCCCACAAUAAUCACAGUAAUCCCACUCCCUCUGAGAAGAAGGUUUCAGUAGCCAGAAAACAUCAAGAACAAAUUGAAGAAGAAACAGGACAGACAGGGAAGACAGGGGAUUCAUUUCCAAAGGAGCUCCACCAGAAUGUGAAUGGCAGUGAGAUUGAAACAGAGGUUGAAUACAGAGGACUAAGUGUUCCCAUUGUGAGCUUAGAUAAACCUCCUCUGAAUGUCAGCGAAGAGGAAAGAAUCAAAUGGCUCACCCAAAAUCUGGCAAGUUUCAAAAUCCUGCACUCUGAUUCACUUUCCUCUCACUUUCGUUCAAAGGUGAAAUCUUUCUUCCACAACUGCACACUUCAAUUCUUCAUGACAUGGAUAUCAAAGCCCGAGGCCUUUGGCCCUCGGGAGAUCCUGUCUGUAGAAAGUGUCUUCAAAUGGCACCCAUCUGCUUGCCUGCUAAUAAUCUCCAGAUCAAUGGACUCGGAAACCGGAAGAGAAAUUCUGGAUCCUUUUGUGAGCAGGGGAUUUCGCGUAAUGGCGGCGGCACCCGAUUUAAUGUACCUGUUUAAAGGCACGGGCGCUGCAACCUGGCUGAGAAAUGUAAAGGCCGGAAAAAUUGACCCAGGGGAGAUCUCCUUCGCUCAGAAUCUGUCAAACAUAAUCCGCUUGGCGGCUCUGCACAUGUACGGCGGAAUUUACAUGGACAGCGAUGUGAUAAUCCUGAAAAGCAUGGCGAAGCUCAAAAAUGUGAUCGGGGCCCAGAGCAUGGAUCAGCGAGGGCAUUGGAACCGCCUCAAUAAUGCUGUUCUUGUUUUCAAGAAAAUGCAUCCGCUGGUGACAGAAUUCAUGGAGGAAUUCGCCAGAAAUUUCAAUGGAAAUAAAUGGGGUUAUAAUGGUCCUUACCUGGUUACACGGGCCGUCCAGCAUUUCUCCCGUCGAAGUAAGAUCCGAUUCCAGGUUAUGCCGCCCAUGGCUUUUUAUCCCUUCGAUUGGAUGAGAAUCGGUGGCUAUUUUCGCCGCAACAGUGGUAGAAAAUGGAUUCAGUGGCGGAAAGCAAAACUUUUGCAGAUGGAGGGCGAAACUUAUGCGGUGCAUCUCUGGAACAAACAGAGCCGGCAGUUGCAGGUGGAAGAAGGCAGCAUCAUUCACCAUUUUUUCAAUAAGUGUUGCGUCCUGUGCCUUGAUAAACAUUAUCUGCACAAUAAUUUUACUGUGUAGAGAUUAAUUUUUUAUUUUGUAACAAUGGACUGAUAAGUCAGCUGCUGACAAUGAAUCAAG